GGGUUUUCCUUGGUUUGUGGGGUAUAUAAGCUCCGCCCCCCUUCCGGUUUGGUUUUACACAAUCGGUGGUUACCAAAGCAGGCGAUCGGAGCUCUGUGGUCAUUAGAGGAUCGGUGACGAUGGGGGUCAAAGUCAGAGUGGAAUAUUGUGGUGGAUGAGGUUACGAACCCCGCUAUCGUGAGCUCGCCCGUGUUGUCAAGGGUGAGUUUAGCGAUGCGGACGUGACAGGUGUCGUGGGAAGAACCGGUAGCUUUGAGAUUGAAAUCAAUGGGCAGCUGGUCUUCUCCAAGCUUGAAUCUGGUGGAUUCCCUUAUGAGGAUGACGUCAUGAACGCGAUUCAGAAUGCUUAUGAUGGCAAACCUUUGCAGAAGAUCACCAAAAGCCGCGCUCCAUGCGUCAUCAUGUAAACCUCCCUACUGCUACACAACCGUGCAGCUGUGGUUUACAUACCCAGAAGAGAAGCACUAGCAGUAAACCAAACUCUGCUCUGCCUCAUGGCUCCUCUCUCUGUUCCCAUAGUGGUCCUCCGCGGUGUUAAUGAUUACCGUAGCUUCAACUAUUAAAGGUUAUGGUAUGAUGUAUCUGUCCCUGGAGUUCCCUCAUCAUAGGAGCAAAGACAGGGAGAUGAUGUUGCAGAUGAUAUGGAGGGAGUUCACCUUUUUAUCCUAUUGCCUGUCAUUUUCUACCUGACUAGUUGUGUUUUGUUUCUCACUGUAUUUUUUUGUUUGUUUUUUUUUUGUUGUGGUUUUUUUGCUGUUUAAAAACUUCAGUGAAUGCAGGAACGAUACAAAUGGAAACACUUUAUCUUUGCAGCACUUUAUGCAUAGUGAUUUGUCACUAAAGCAUUUUUAUGAUAUUUCAUCAUUUUCAUAAAGUAGUAAUUCACUCUGCUGGUUUUGAAUAGUGUUGCAAUGUCAUAUUUGUGGUUUGGUGGAUGCAAAUUGAAUAUUGACUUUUUUUUUUUUUCUUUUUUUUCUUCUUUUUUUUUUAAAUCCGUAUCAAAUUUGAAACGAGUACAACAUUAAAACAAUUGGAUGUAAUAAUGCUAUUGUCUGCAGCAACUGAGCUCAGCCAAGUUUCUGCUCUAAUUUGUUUCGGUAAAGUACUUUCGCAUGCAAUGUGUGUUUCUAAAGGCCGUCACCAGCUGGUCUAUGAAGCUCACAUACUAGAUGCUAGCUCAUAUUUCAUAAAUCCUUUUGCAUUGUUUUCUGAUAUUAAAACUGGAGCAAGAAAUAAAGGCAAUUGUUCUUUAAGUA